AUGCUGGGCGCCAGGAGCAAAUCUGGCCUGGCCGACGCCAAGGGCGACGGCAAGCCGGAGGGGAAGGUCGGCAGCAAGCCGAGCGCCAAGCCGGAGGCCAGGAGCAACGGCAAGGGCACGCCACCGACACCCAGGGGCGAGACGCCGCCGACACCCAAGGGCGACAGGCCGCGGAAGCCGGCCGUCCCCAAGGCGAAUGCCGCCCAUGGCACGCCGCCGAGCGCGCCGCGCACGGCCGACAAGUCCCCCAGGUCCGCCGACCGCAAGUCGCCCAAGGGCGCCACCCCAACCCGGAUCACCGCCACCACCCCUCCUCCUGCAGAGAAGCAGGGGAAGGCUGGGAAGCCAUCUCCCGAGCGGCAGGCCGCCAAGCCGUCCCAGGAGCUGCAGGCGCAGCUUGAUGCCGUCCAAGAGGCGCUCAAGAAGGCCAUGGGUCAGCUUGUGGAGAAGGAAGAAGAGAAGGGCAAGGUUCUGGAGGAACUGGAGUGCGCCAAGAAGGUGGCCGAUGAGGCCAAUGCGAAGCUCAAGGAGGCGCUCGAUGUGCAGAGCAGGACCGUGGAGAUCCAGAAGGUCCAUUCCAUGGAACCUGAGCAGGUGAGCAACAAUGAUUCUGCGCACGGCGAGGAAGAUGAGCUGCGGAGGAAGCUGAAGAGCAUGCAGAGCCAGCAGGAGGCCGACGCAGCCGCGCUGCAUUCGACGGUGGAGCAGCUUGAGAAGGCAAGGUAUGAGCUGGCAGAUGCAAUUGAUGCCAAGAACUGGGCGCUUAGCCAGGCAGAUGAUGCCAUGAGGGCUUGCGAGGUGAAUACUCAGAAAAUCGAGCUCCUCAACGCGGAGGUGGAGCGCCUGAAGGGGCUGCUUGAUUCCGAGGUGGAGAGCAAGUCGAGGGAAGCUGCUGACCAAAUCGGAAAGCUUGAGGCAGAGAAUUCUGUGUUGAAGCUUGAAUUGCAGAAAGCAAAGCUAGCUGAGAAGAAGGUGAUUGAAUUGGAGGGUGUGGUUGAACAGCUUAGAGUUGAUGUUGCUAAUGCCAAGAAGGAAUGCUCAAAGUCAGAUGAGUUGGCUAAUGAAUUGAAGAAGAAGGUGCAGCUGUUGGAGUUCCAAUUGGAGGAAGCCGAUCAGUCUCUCAUUUUGAAAGGCAAGUCUUUGGAUUCAGUGAUGGAAGAAUUAGAUGAAACAAGCACUUUGCUUAAAGACAAAGAAUCUGAAGCUGCUGUACUUCAUGACAACGUCAGAUCCUUGGAGGAUGAGGUGACCAGGCUCAAGGAAGAAAUUGACGUGACAAGUGAGCGUCUUGAUGCUGCAGAGAAAGAUGCAUCUGACCUAAUUGCAGAGAUCGAAGAGCUAAGGAUGAAGCUACAGGCAGUAGAAGAUGAGAAAACAAAGGCGCUGAACAAUGACCAGCUUGCAAGUUCAGAAAUCGCGGCCCUGACUGAACAAAAGAACGAGCUAACCAAGGAGCUAGAAGCUAGCAAAGAUGAAGUCGAGAAGGUUAAGAAGGCAAUGGAGGGUCUGGCCUCUGCCUUGCACGAGAUGUCAGCUGAAUCCAGAGAGGCCCAGGAGAAAUACCUCAUCAAACAGGAAGAGAUCGAGCACGCUCGGGCACAAGUAGAGGAACUCAACAAUAGUCUGCAGAAUGCCAAGGAGAGCUAUGAGGUGAUGCUCGAUGAAGUAAACUACGAGAAAGUUUGCCUCAAGAAGUCCGUUGAGAGAAUGGAGGCAGAAGCUAAGAACGUGUCUGAGGAAUGGCAGUCCAAAGAGCUAAGUUUUGUCAACUCUAUUAGGAAGUCAGAAGAAGAGAUCGUUGCUGUCAAAGCUCAAAUGGACAAGUACUUGGCCGUGGUGAAUGAAAAAGAAGCUGAAAAUACCGAGCUGCUGGAGAAGAUGAAUCAUCUGGAAGCUCAGCUAGUUGAAGCCAACAAGGCUAGCGAGGAAGCCAAGGCCGAGACCCGGCAAUUGAAGGACAAACUAUUAGACAAGGAGAACGAAUUACAGAACAUACAAGAGGAGAACGAGGACUUGCAGGCAAAGGAAUCGGCUGCUUCGGAGAAGAUAAAAGAGCUCUCUUUCCUGGUGCCGAAUGGAACAACAAAUGGUGGCAACAAGGAAGAAGACAAUGAGAACGGAGGCGGUGUGGAUGACGAGCCGGUUGUGGUGGUUGCCAAGAUGUGGGAGAACAGCAAGGUUACCGACUACGACUCGUCCAAGGAGAAGGAGAACGACGGCGAGUCCGAAGUCGAUCUGGAGUCCAACAAGGGAGACUCCGGCCUCGACAGCAACGGGCUGCAGUCCGCAAAGCUGAACAACGGCAUCACAUCGCCGACCAAACAGCAGCAGCAAAAGAAGAAGAAAUUUAAAUUUAGCGGCUUACUGAAGAAAAAGAGCUCAAAUUAG